AUGUCAUCAAAAACAAAAACAACGGCCCCUAGUCCCCAGCAGGCCUUAAGUGGUCAAGAGGUGCUAAGAAUCUCUGGGAAGUAUGCAAUAAUAAAGGGAUGUUGCAGAAAAAUUCAGAAUGGCCCCUCUAUGGUACUUAGACUUGGAACGCUCAAUGUUGGAUCACUGACUGGCCGCAGCAUGGAAAUCGCAGAAAUGCUCGAGCGUAGAAGGAUUGACAUCUGCUGCCUUCAAGAGACAAGAUGGAAAUCGAAUGGUGUCGGUCAUAUCAACUCAGAAAAAGAAAAAUAUAAACUAUUCUGGAAUGGUCAAAAGAUGGCCAAAAAUGGUGUUGAAAUUGUUGUCAAAGAACCGCUAGCCCAAGGAUUAACUCACGUGUCAUGUGGAUCAAGAUUCGCCUAG